AUGAGCGACGAUAAAACUAGAGCAUUCUUCCUUGACAGGAUUUCGAAUCCAAAAUCCGAAGUCCCAAAACCUUCCUCUCUACCCCAAACAGUUAUCCAAAUGUCUGAGAACGAGAAGAUCAACAUCCCUACUCAAUACCUCAAAACCAUCAUCAAGUACGGCAUCAAAGACCUUUUUGUACCUCUGGAGAUCGAGGACUUCUACCCCCUCAUCAACCCUCCGGACAACAUCAACUCCAUUGUUAACAGAAUCUGCUACAGAUCAUUUAUCCCCUUUGAAGAAGAUUCCACGAAGCUCCCCUAUUACGGAUCUUUUAUCCCUUCCCAACAAGUUUCGGUCGAAGAACACGGGAUACAAGAAUACAUGGUCGCCCUGAUGGAUUCUACCAACGACUACUUCAGAUCACACUUGCCCAUGAACUCCAAGCCUGAUCUUGAACUAUACUUGCACGCACUCAUUUCCACUAUGCUUGACAACCACCCCAACAUAGGAUGCUCUUUAUUACUCUCCACCUUUCGCCGCAAGCUUAAUGAAGAAACCGAACCUGUCUUCGAUUGGGUUAACGAAUAUCUAAACCAACCAGACGUGGAAGAUAAUUACCUAUCAGAAGUAAUCAACAAGGUCUUCCAAAUGAAUGCUCCAGAAGACGAAAGAAUGCAACUCAUAGACAUUUACAAAAUAAUUUGCAAGGAUGCCGUCAGGCUCAUCAAGGACUGCCCUGAAUUCAGAUACACUCAAAUUAGAGAAGUAACUGCCCUCCCAGAGAUUUUGAAGCUAGUCAAUUCCUACAACUCAUUUAACCAUGAUAACUUUUGA